AAGAUAAAGUUGACAUUGAUUGCUUCUCAUCUCUUUGCUUAUUUCCUUCUAAACCACACCAACCAAAGGUUGAAGGGUUCACCAUAAGAAAGGUUGAAGAGUUUCAAAGAAAAAGCUAUCUACCCUCAAAAACCAAAAUGGGUGCUUUGUUGAAGCUUGUAGAUGCCACACUCAUCGUCUUCUUCAUCGUAAUUGCGGUGGCAGCGCCCUUGCUCGACUCGCAGAUAAUUCUGCCUCGGUGCCUCUUCCCAGACUGGCUGGUUGAACUCCAGAGCUGGUUAUACGUGCGCAUCUUAGGCCAUUAUCUUGUGACCGAGAAACCUCAUUUCUUUGUUGGCCUCGUUUGGCUGCAGCUACUCCUUCAGUGGCCUCUUGCGCUGGCCAACUUGUACGGAAUUUUGGCCGCCAAGUCUUGGUUCAACACCACCUGCUUGAUCUAUGGAGUUUCUUUCUUCGGCUCCAUUAUUACUGAAUUAUCGGAGCUGGUUCAGUCCGGCAAGGCGUCUGAUAUGCUGAUAUAUUUUUACUUCCCUUUUCUUGGGUUAGCUGUUUUGGCCGUACUGCGGGGGCUUCUGCCAGCAUCCCGCAAGACUACUUCAACCAUUGGCAAGAGACCGACAUUGGGAAGGAAAAAGAAGGCUUGAGAUACAAAACUGAUCCAGAUUUUGUAGUCAUUGUGAGAGUGAUCAAUAUCAUUCAAACUCUUAUGAUGAUUGAUCGGAAGAUUUUGGCAAUUGAUGUCAUCUACAGUAUAUGAAACCAGAGAGUUACAUGGAAAUCUUUCGUUCAUGUUAUGAACUUAGGAUUGUGAUUAUCUUAAUCACAAAUUAAGAGUCAAGUUAGUUGUAAUUGAGGGUUUUACAUGUUAUUUGUUAGAAGUGCCAACUGGCAGUAGUCACUCUUCGUGUAUAAGAGCACUUGCUCUUUGGUUUGUAAUGAGAUCAGAAUUUGUUUUCA